AUGCUUCACUCCCUAGUCCGUUGCCAUGCGCUUCCUCCGCCGUCUCAGCUCUGUCGCGUCUUCUUCUGUACCGGCACUUCCGCCUCCUCCUCAGGCGCCACCGCUUCUCCUGAUACCCACUUCAUGGUCGAGUAUCUCGUGAGUACAUGCGGGUUCUCCGUUGACGUUGCGUCCAAGGUCUCCAAGUCGCUCCGCCGUAUCCAGUCCACUGAGAAUGCCGACGUUGUUCUUGGUUUCUUAAGAUCCCAGGGCCUCGUUGGCGCUAAUCUCAGAAAGGUAAUAUCUUGGAGGCCAGGAAUGCUCGGCUGGGAUGUGGAGACGAACCUCGCUCCAAGGUUUAAAGUUUUGCGCGACAUGGGAUUAUCUGAGUCCGACAUCAUGGAUAUCGCUCCGCGGCACCCUUUCGUUAUUGGCUUCAACAGAGAGAGCACGCUUCUCCCCCGAUUUAAGGCUUGGGAAAGUUUAUUUGGAUCGAGGGAGAUCCUCCUCAAGAAUCUCCGGAGGAGUAAAUGGUUUUUUAGCAGCAACAUUGAAAAUGUAGUGCGCCCUAAUAUGAACUUCUUAAGGGAUGAAUGUGGCAUUCCUGAAGAGCGGAUUUCUCUUGUCCUUAAAAGGAGCCCAGGCUUCUUUACGCAGAAACCAGAUUCCCUCCGAGCUCUAGUAGAUAGAGCUGACGGGAUUGGAAUUCCCCGAGAAUCUAAGAUGUUCCUCUGGAUCCUUGAUGUGCUGCACUUGGUCAGCAGAGAAAAAUUUGAGGCCCAAGUCAAGAUCAUGAACAGUUUUGGUUUGUCAUACUCGGAUUUCAUUGCUGCAAUGAAGAAAUAUCCAAGGUUUUUAUGGCUUUCCACUGGGGCGUUGCAGAGAAAGAUGGAAUUUUUAGUCAAGGAUGUUGGAAUUACGCCUUCAGACAUUACUAAGCUGCCAGUGUUUCUAACAUUCAGUUUGGAAAAGAGGAUUGAAGUCUUCAUCUCGUCAGUGGUCACCCCAUCCCCGGCUUUCCAUCUUCCUUCAUUCGGACAGGAUCAAUUUGGCACCGUCUGUAGGAACGUGACCUGUAUCCGAAUAAGAAGAUGGAAGACGUUGGACAACUCACAACAGUGA